AUGGCAGAGAGUAAAAAAGAGGAUUACAGUACGAUUAACAUCAACUCGUUGCAGUGUUCGUUUGAAAAUAUAAUGCGUUAUAACUUCUCAGUGUCACCUAAUUUUUCCAUCUUUAGAACCCCAACAAUUCUCUGUAAGCAUAAUGAAGCAGCGUAUGAACCCAAUGCAUUUUCAUUUGGGCCAUUUCACCAUGGAAAGCAACAGAAAUUCACACAAAAAGUCAAAUGGGACUAUUUACAAGGCCUCCUUGGUCGAUCAACAUGCCCGGAGGAGCUAUAUAGUCAGCUAGUCCAAGCCAUCAGGUCAGUUGAGGCAGAGGCCCGUAAUUGCUAUGCAGAGUCAGUUGGAUUUAGGACGAAGAAAUUUGUAGAGAUUUUGCUACUUGAUGGUUGCUUCAUUAUUGAGUUGUUCCGCAAAGAUGCCAAAAAAGAACUUAGAGAUCCAAAUGACCCCAUAUUCACCAUUUCUUGUUUACAAGAAUAUUUAAACCAUGACCUGAUUUUGCUUGAAAACCAAAUUCCUUGGAUGGUGCUUGAGCGUUUGUUUAGCUUGACCAAACUUUCUCCCGACGAAUCCCUAAUCCAACUUGCCCUUGACUUCUUCGGUAAUAUAUUCUCAUCCAAUAAACCAUCUGUUACACCAAACCAAUUCCACGAAGGUAAAAUCGAGAUCAAACAUAUCCUUGACUUGUUGAGGCAUUCCUUGCUUUUACCAUUAUCANUGCCUUUUCCAAUCCAGAGGGUUACCACUUACCACUGUUAUAUUUUUUCUAAACCUUAG